ACCUAGAAACAUCCUCCUUGUUGAUAAAAAAAUAUAAAGAAAAAAAUAAGUUGAUCAUUUUUUAUAAUUUCUUUAACCAAUACCAGGAUUCAUUCAAGAAAAUUUCAUUGACUUUAUAAGUGUGAGCUAUUUACAUAAGUAAAGCUCUCUUAUAUUCCAUGGUUUACAAAGAGACAACCAGUUUAAGUCAAUAUUGUUACUUUCUCUUUCUCCCUACCAUCUCUAAAAACUCUUGUUUUGUCUCUCUCAUCGUCUCUUGUUCAUCUUUCACUUCUCCGACGGCCGGCCUGCAGCUGAACUAGCCCGCCAACAUGGACUCUUCAUCUUCAUGGGAUAUGUCGUCGGGAGGCAGCAGCGGUGGAAAACCUUCACCAAAACGAGAACUACAAGGUCCUCGGCCAACUCCACUUAAAAUCCGAAAAGAUUCACAUAAGAUCAAGAAACCACCAGUCGCACCACAACUUCCAAAUCAACAACAACAAUCUUAUCAACAACCGGGGAACAAUCAACAGCGGCCGCCUGUUAUAAUCUAUACAGUGUCUCCGAAGGUAAUUCAUACAGACCCAAACGACUUCAUGAAAUUAGUUCAACGUCUUACGGGACCUUCAUCGUCAUCGACAUCUUAUUUGCCUUCACCAUCAACUUCAUUACCACAAGCACAAUCCUCGUCGUCUGUUGAUUUUGAUGUUGGCGCAAUUUCACCCGCUGCUCGUUAUGCAUCUAUCGAAAGGACUUCACCUCAAGGGGCAGCCAAAUUUAGAGUUGCCGAAGAAGAAUCGAGCAUCAUCGAAGGGUUAGAAAUGGGUUCGACCGUGGAGAGAACAAUGGGCACUAAUCCGAGUAUUCUAUCCCCGAUUCCGUCGUCUCUCCCACCUAUCUCACCCGGCUUUUUUUCACCAGCGAUUGAUCCAAAUUCUUUAAGUUUCAUACAUGAUUUUAGUCCAUUUUACAAUAGUGGUAACAGAAACAUAUUUGAUGGUAGUAGUAAUUUCUUGACUAGUCCUAGUACGAAUUUUCUUUCACCUUCUAUAACAUCUCCCAAUCCGCAUAAUUUCGAUCUAUUUAAUCAGUUCCUAGAUCCUUAGUUGUGUUUUAAAGUGUUAGAGAGAAAGGGUCGAGAAAGAAUCAAGAAAAAGAAGCCAUUGAUGUUAAACUGUGUGAAUACAAAGAUGAAAUGUUGUUUCUUGGCGCAAGUGGUGAUAUUAACAAAUGCAGACAGUAGUGGUGUGAGGUUACUAUUAACUUUUUUGAUUCAUUAAAUGGGAGCAGAUGAGAAGGGAAGUUGGCUCUAAUGUUGUGGGUCAUGCAUAGAUAUGCAUCAACUCUCGAAGUUGUUGUAAUCUCUUCUUUUAGUUUUUUGUUUUUGGCAAUACACCCACCGGUUGUUUGUAAUUUGUAAAAAUACCCCUUAUUUGUUAUUAAUUACAUUUAUUCAUUCAUAUA